AUGCUGUCUAAUUUCAAACAGCAGAAGGUUUCUGCUUCACAUAAAUUCACCAAUUACAUCGGUAGUGGUUUCUUUCUUAACAUGAACACCCGCGUACGAUUUAGCACGAAAUCCUUUUCUAAGGCAAGGGUUACAACGCAAGAAAAAGAUGAAAAUUUGUACCUUGUAACUUGUAUAUCAUCAUCAUCAGCCCUCCAAUUUGCACAGCAUUAG